UUGAUUUGAUUUUGCACUUCAUUGAGGCAGACCCAUCCUUAAAAAGAAUUUCCUUAACUUUUCCUAGAGCUGGAUUACCCCUGUUAAUAAAAUCAUUAGUUGCUUUAUUAAAUUUAACGUUAAAAUUGUAAGGAACUCUUAGAGGAUGGAUUCCUGACGGGAAUGUAAUGAAAACCUGGUGGGUCGAGUGUUAACUGGCAGUACUUGCCAAGUCUGCUAGAUGCCUCUAGGGACGAUUUUUAAACUCCGUUCAAUUAAAACUAUUUUGUGGUUCAUACCAUAGUUACAUAUUUAAGGAUAUAAAAAAAAAAAUCUAAGAAUGAACAUCAACGAGCAGAACGAGACGUACGGCAUGGUGGGGAAAGUGAACUUGUCUUCUAAAUCAAUUAGACCUUUGAUAAGAAGGAAACGACUAACAGGAGGUAUAGACGCGAUGGUAAAUGAAGGAACGCUAGUCGGUAGCUUGCAAAGAAAAGCAGACCGCAAGCAUUUCUGCGGGGUGACUCUUGUAACGUUGAAGCACGGGGUCACUGCUUGCAGUUGCGUUAUCUUUGGCUUGCCGAACGAUGCGGAUUUACAACAAGGCACUGAAUACGUUGUCAUGGCUGGUGACAAAAAAUGGGAAACGCAGGACCAAAAACGUCUUAGAGAUGUGCAGUCUUUCUGGAAGGAUAGUCGGUGUGAUAUGGAUCCAGAUAUCGGCAUAUGGCAGUUCGGCAUGGGAUAUUUCGAGUUGUCGAUGGCUUUUCCAGCAGCCGGCGGACCCGACUAUGCCGCUGGAAUGCCCACAUCUCAGGACGAAUAUGAAACAUUAUUCAAGAAGUUCUCCGAAAACAUUGAAUAUGCGCAAGGGAGCGUAACGAAGUAUUGCUACACCUACGGUUGGGGAGCCAAGAAGUACGACGUCAAAUUGGGAGAUCCAACACUAUUUCCUCCUUCUUUGAACAAAAGAGCGGUGCAGUUUAUAUCGAUGAAAGAUUGUCAGGACAGACUGUGCAACAAUGGGUUUUGCUCUUUCAAAGUUGAAAAGUCGGGUGGAUUUUGCCUCGGAGUGCCAGAUAAUAGUAAUGGCGGUCUUUGCAAGGGCGACGCCGGCAAUCCUUUGAUAUGCGAGAAGAAAUUCUAUGGCGUUGGGGAAGAAGCGCCCGACUGCGGAAGUAUUCUGAAAUUUUCCAUUUUUUACAAACUUGAUAUUGACAUGAUUCAAAGUUUGAAAAAGAAAGGUAGCACUGCUUCUAAUCUUUUUACUCGCCGUACACGCACUCAGUGGCUCAUGAUUACUUUAACUCUAAUCAGUUUUGUUAUUGUGUAAAAUUGUGUAAUUGAGAAAUUUGUAUGAAAAUAAAAAUUAUAUCAACAUAUGUACUGAUUUUCACUGGGCCAUCUAUGCAAAAAAGUACAUAUGCAUAAAAUAUGAAUUGAAAAUAAUUUUGUAUGGCACGUGUAGGGAAGAAAAUCUCACAAAUCGUUUUGAUUUAAUCAAAUGAAGGGUGUGACUAGUAUGUGCACCGUAUUUUAGUAAGUUGUUUCUUAUCAUUCGGUCUUCUUUUUCUUGCACGUUUGGGCUUCUCGUCAUCUUCAGCCCUGGGUCUAUAAAAAAAUCUCGCAUUAUACGGCAACUUUUUGUUUGUUUUUUCCUGCAAGUCCGUUUUUAGAGAAGGAAAUAAAUGAAAAAAUUGAUCACAAAAUAACGCACUUGUGUAUUUUAGAUAAAUUAUUUACCAUGGUUCCACAUAUUUCUACAGUCGAAUUAACUGUUCCAUAACAGAUUUGUGAACAUUGAGAGAAGCUUGGAUAAAAUAAUUGGACAACGAUGGAAAAUAUUUUGAGAGGAUUUUGUAGGCAAGCUUUUUUAAAUUUGUAAUUUGGUCUUCAAUGUGUCUCGUGGAGUGAUGAACUCGUAAUCUGAUCGUUAUUGAAAAUUUUGUUUGCUACAUUCUCUGGUUUGGGAAGAUGGCUCUAUAGUUUGAUCAAAGAAGUAACAUAGUUUGUGAGAUUUCUUCUUGAGGUCCGUGGGAUGAAGGAUAUGCCGUUUUUUCAUAAGCUGAGAUCUGGAUCCAUAUAACACCUACUAUCCUUCCAGAAAGACUGCACAUCUCUAAGACUUUUUUUGCCUUGCGAUUCCCAUUUUUGUCACCGGCCAUGACAACGUUGUCACUGCCUUGUUGUAAAUCCGCAUCGUUCGGCAAGCCAAAGAUAACGCAACUGCAAGCAGUGACCCCGUGCUUCAACGUUACAAGAGUCACCCCGCAGAAAUCCUUGCGGUCUGCUUUUCUUCGCUUCAUUACCCAUCGCAUCUAUACUCUUGUUAGUAUUUACCUUCUUAUCAAAGGUCUAAUUGAUUUAGAAGACAAGUUCACGUUACCCAGCAUUGUGUACGUCCCGUUCUGCUCGUUGAUGUUCAUUCCUAAAACACUUUUAUAAUAAAUAGUACCUAAGUAUAAAAAAUCCAU